AUGGCAUCACAAGUCCCACCGUCGAAAAUCCCAGUUUCAGCUUCCGAUAAACCAUUACCUCCUUCUGCAUCUUUGACAGAACCAGCAGAUUACAAGAACACAUUUAGGGGCCGAAUGACAGCUUCAAAGUACGCAGAUCCGUGCGAGGCAGCUUCGAGAGCAUCCCUGGAGUGUUUAGAAAGAGCGCAUUACAAUCGUGAUGAGUGCUUGGAUUUCUUCGCCGCAUAUAGGGAGUGCAAGGGUAAAUGGAUAGCGAAACGUAAAGAUGAUUCUAGGAAAGGUAGGGACACCGUUUAA